UACAUGUGAUUGUGUAAAACGCUCCAAUGCAGCCUUAAAUAAUCUACCAAGGGCUAGUUGCGCGUCCGUGAAUGGUACUGGAUAAAAUCGUGAGAAGCAAGUUGUGCACUGUAUACAUUUGUUUGAAAUUAGUGAAAAGAAAGUUCAGCAAAUAAAAGUACGUUGGCUGCUAAGACGAAUUCUCUUUUGUCGAUCUUGGGAACAAGUUUGCUUUUGGGAAAACAGUUCUGUCUGGAUUUAAAAGUACCCGUUGCUGACAAAUUGGAUUAGUGAACGAACUCCCCUCUGCUCAGCGACGCAGAAGGAUUGCAUUUGAUUUUGAGGGGUUACGGUAAAAACGGGACGGGAUAUAUCACAGUCCGUCCUCUUCUAAUAUAAGGGCUUCACUUCUCCUCAUGGAGUUCCCGCAGUAGCCAUUUCUCCCUCCCGGGCUGACGGUCUGGAAUGUCACAGCAAAAGCGCUGAUCGUCUGGAUUGUACAGCGGCCCUCUUGCCGUGCCUCCCGAGUGCUGGAUUUACGAGCCCCCCCGCCUGCCUCCGAGGAUCAAUUCAGAGCAGGUUGUGCUGAUCGGGGUGUUGAUCCGCUUUGCUGGAUGGCAGAGGGGUGAAAUGCCUCUUUAACACAGAGUUUGAAGCAAAUGAAUGUUUGCGAUGCCACCGGGGAUGGUCCCAUCGCGCGCCCUCGCUGCCGUCACGCUGCUGUCUCUCCUGGGGGGCGGCGGCCACGCCCUGGCUGCUGGAGGAUACCCCGCCUUUUCCCGCGCCGACAGCCGCUUCGAGCACCUGGCCCUGCACCCCGACCCGGCAGUGGGCCGGGUCUACAUCGGCGCCCAGGACCGCCUCUUCCAGCUGGACGAGCGGCUGCAGCUGGAGCUCGCUGAGGAGACGGGGCCCGUGACCGACAGCAAAGAGUGCCUGCCCCCCAUCACGGAGACCAACUGCCCCCAGGCGCGGCGCACCAGCAACCACAACAAGCUGCUGCUGGUGGACCCCUACUCCCUGGAGCUCAUCAGCUGCGGCAGCGUCAACCAGGGCAUCUGCCAGAAGCGCAGCCUGGACCGGGUGAGCCGCGUGCUGUUCUCCACCGACCGCCCGGUCGACACCCAGUACGUGGCGGCCAACGACCCCAACGUCACCACCGUGGGGCUGGUGGUGCGGUCGCGCGGCAAGCAGCCCGUGCUGUUCGUGGGCCGCGGCUACACCAGCAGCCACCCGCCCAUCUCCACCCGCAACCUGGCCUCCGAGCCCGUCUUCUCCUACGAGGAGACGGCCAAGCUGGCGGUGGCGGGACGGCUGUCGGAGUACGACCACCAUUUUGUCACCGCCUUCUCCCUCCGCGCCCAUGUCUACUUCCUUUUCUACCGCCGCGACCUCAAGUCCCAGUCGCGGGAGUACAAGACCUACAUAUCGCGCGUCUGCCUGGACGACACGGCCUACUACUCCUACGUGGAGGUGCCCCUGGCCUGCCGCUCGGCCACGGGGAAGACCUACAACCUCCUGCAGGCGGUGCAGGUGGGGCUGGGUGGCGGCGCGGGCCAGAAGGAGGUGCUGCUGGGGGUUUUCUCUACACGCCUGGCCUCCUCCAGCAAGCCCAGCGAGGACUCUGCGCUCUGCAUGUUCGCCCUGGAGGAGCUGGACCAGCGGAUCAACUCCACGCGCGACCUCUGCUACACGCGGGAGGGGAAGGCCGAGGGGGGCGGGGAGGCGGCCUACAUCGAGUACGAGGUCAAGUCCAACUGCGCCAACCUGCCCUCGAACACCCUCGAGGCCUACCCCUGCGGUUCGGACCACACCCCCAGCCCGAUGGCCAGCCGCGUGCCCGUGGAGGUGGAGUCCAUUUUGGACAGCCCGUCCUCGCGUCUCACCGCCGUGGCCGUCAGCGUGAGGGAGGGCCACACCAUCGCCUUCCUGGGGGACUCCAGAGGAAACCUGCACAAGGUCUUCCUCGGUCCCAAUGGUGAGGUGGAGGAGUACGACAUCAUCUCCAUCCAACCCAACGUCCCCAUCAGCAGCGACCUUCUCCUGGACCAGAACAAGGAGCACCUCUUCAUCAUGACCAGCACUAUGCUGGAGAAGAGGCCCGUGGCUGAGUGCUACAAACAUCUGGACUGCCAGUCCUGUCUCUCUGCUCAUGACCCGUACUGUGGCUGGUGUGUCCUCGAUGGACAGUGUGGUCAGCGUUCUGAAUGCCGUCGUGGAGGGCAGCCAGGCCAGUGGCUGUGGAGUUUUGACCUGGAGCAACAGUGCCUCACUGUCCAAUCCUUGGUCCCAUCCAAUAUUAGCAGAGAGGAGAAGAGAAGUAUCUCCCUUUCGGUGGAGGGGCUGCCCAGCCUGGAGGAGCACGAGACCUACUCCUGCUUUUUCCAUGACGACGAGAGCCCGGCCUCUGUCACCAAGGCUGGCGUCACGUGCUUCUCCCCGGACGCUGAUAAGGUGCCGGCCAUCCGGCCAGGAGACGACUCGGUCACGGUCACCCUGUCCCUCCGCCUCCUGAACGUCACGGUCGCCGCCAGGGAGUUCACCUUCUACGACUGCGCCGCGGUCAAGCAGCUCUCCAGGAACACGCCGUGCCAGGGCUGUGUGACCAGCCACUGGGGCUGUAACUGGUGCAUCCACCAGCACUCGUGUACCCACAAGCCCACCUGCGAGGAGGGCGUGAUCAUUUACAACGAGCACUUCAAACUUCCUACCUCAGCACCGCCAACAACCGGAGCAUUUAAGCUCACAUCAACUGCCCCAACUACAACUCUUGCCCCCACCACAAUCCCACCUACCGCUGCACCCACCACCACCACACCACCAACAACAACAACAACAACAGCAACCACCACCACAACAAUAGCCACAACAACAUCUACCACCACCCCACCUACCACCGAGGCCCCCACCACUGAAGUGACCACAGAGGAGCCGGUGACGACCACUCUACCUCCCACCACCACGACCACCAGCACCACCCCAGAGCCCACAAACAUGCCCACCACCCCUCCCCCCACCACCACGCCUGCCCCUCCACCUCCCACGGCAGCCAUAAGGUCCACUGCUCUGCCCACGGAAGCGACCAGCCUCUCAGAAGAAGGAACCACCCUGGAGGAGUCCCCGGUCACUGGAGGUGACGAAGCCCUGCUCACCAGCUCUCAAACAGGGGAAGGCGUGGAGGCGGAGCUGCCUGUCACUCCCGGCGCUGUCACACCCACCUUCCCGGCUCCGCCCCCUGCAUACCCCGUCAUGGAAACCGUCACGGCCCCUCCCACCGAGAGCCCUCAACCAAUGGAAGACGCCCAAUCCAUGGCUGAGCCGCCCAGCGUCGACCAGCCCUCCCCCGCAAUCCCGCCUCCGACCGACGAUACCCCUUUCCCGCUGGGGGCCCCGGCGGACUCGGAGGAGGCGUUGGCCCCGCUCCAGACGGAAGCGCCUCCGCCCCCGGCCCUCACAGUGCCCCCAGCGGGGGAAGGCGACAGCGAGUCAGUCCUCUGGCCCGAGGAGGAGGUGGAGGCCUUGGAGGCCUUGGAGGCCGCGGCAGAGAACGACACCUCCUCCUUCUCUGCGGCCGCGGUGCUCUCUGGAGACGGAGACGCCGAACAGGCCCACCCCUCCUACCCCCAGCUGCGCGACUCCGAGCCCGACUCCGAGCUCGACUACCAGUACGACUCCUCCGACUUUUACCUGCCGGGGGAUGAGGGCUCCUUGGUGAGCUGGGGAGCGUCGGCCUGCCCGUGUGUGGACACGGUCCAGGGCUCGUCCCUCCUGCCCGUCAGAGCCGAGAGGAGGAUCACGCUGGUGGGCCGCAACCUCCACCUGUUCCAGGAUAAGGAUCUGGACUACGAGUGCGUGUUGGUGAUCGAGGGUCAUACGGUCGUGGUGGACUCGUACGUGGAAAUGGACCAAACGGACCCCUCCAUUUUCUACAUCACCUGCCAAUCGCACCAGUACUCCUAUUCAGCUCCCCAGGAAGAGUAUAACGCCAUGGUCUAUGUGAAGAGGAGAAACACCUUCCAUGUUGACAGCGGCCAGGACUUGCACGUGACCCUGUACAACUGCUCGGUGGGCCGGUCGGACUGCAGCCGCUGCCACACGGCGAAGCAGGAGCACAGUUGUGUGUGGUGUGGAGGCGUCCGCUCCUCCUGUCUCUACAGGGACUCCUGCACAGAGAGGAUUGAGCAGACCUGCCCCGCGCCCGUCAUACACCUCAUCGAGCCUCUGUCUGGCCUGGUUGAGGGGGGCACUCUCAUCACCAUCUCUGGGUCCAACCUGGGGCAGAAGGCCCAGGACAUCCAGCACUCUGUCACCGUGGCAGGGGUCCCCUGCACUGUUCUCCUCGAGGUCUACGAGGUCUCGUCCAGAAUCGUGUGCGAAACCGGGCCCAGCGGGGCGGUGAAGGACGGUCAGGUUUCAGUGGAAGUGAGCGGUGGGGAGUAUGGCGCUUCGGGCCAGAAGUUCAGCUACCAGGAUCCCAUUGUGACCCAGGUGUCCCCUCAGAGGGGCCCAAAAGCCGGGGGCACCUCUCUGACCAUCACCGGGCAGAGCCUGCUCACCGGGAGACCCAGCGAGGUCAGCGUGGUGGUCGGAACCGUCCCCUGCCUCAUCUCCUCUGAAAUCCAGGAGGGCAGCAUCGAGUGCGUGACUGGCGCCAGCAACAUGACGGGGGAACACAGAGUGACAGUGCGGUACGGUAGCAACCAGCGCCACCUGUGGGAAGCAACCUACCACUACACCCCAGACCCCAACAUCACACUGGCAGCACCGGCAAAGAGCUUCCUCAGUGGUGGGCGCAUGAUCCACGUGUCCGGCCAUAACCUGGACGUAGUGCAGGAGCCUCAAAUCCAGGUGACCGUGUCCCCGUUCGAGCGCACUCCGAGCAGGAGGAGGAGGAGUAUCAGCAGUCGCGAGGCAGGGCCAGGGGCAGGGGACAGGCUGCUAUGGAGACGUCGUCGAAUUGUUCCAGAACCAGACUGUCCGGAAGGGGCCCUGUGCUCCGUCAAACAGUUCGUGGAGCGCUGCGAGGUGAACACCUCCUCGCUGAUCCUGUGCAGGACGCCGGGGGUGGAGGCGCACGCACGCCACGCCCAGGUGCGGGUGGAGUUCCUGCUGGACAACCUGCGCUUCGACUUCGACUCGGUCAGCCGAAGCCCCUUCAGCUACGAGCUCAACCCCAUCCUGCACCCCCUCAACCAGCACGACCCCAGCAAGCCCUACCGCUACAAGCCCGGGAGCAUCAUCUCUGUGGAGGGGGAGAACCUGGACCUGGCCAUCUUUAAGGAGGAGGUGGUGGCUCUGAUUGGGGAGGGGUUGUGCUCGGUGAAGACUCUCACCAGGAACCACCUUUACUGUGAACCCCCACCCCAGCAGCCCUCCCCCGGGCCCGGGAGGAAACGAGAGGGCGCCGACUCCCUCCCAGAAUUCACCGUCCAGAUGGGCAACCUGAACUUCUCGCUGGGCAAGGUGCAGUAUGACACCCUGAGCCAGUCCACCUUCCCUCUGGAGGCCCAGAUCGGCGUUGGGGUGGGGGCGUCCAUUGUGGCCCUGAUCGUGCUCAUAAUCGUGCUCAUAUACAGGAGGAAGAGCAAGCAGGCCCUGAGGGACUACAAGAAGGUUCAGAUUCAGCUGGAGAACCUGGAGACCAGCGUAAGAGACCGCUGCAAAAAGGAGUUCACCGACCUGAUGACGGAGAUGAUGGACAUGUCCAGCGACCUGGUGGGCUCCGGCAUCCCCUUCCUGGACUACCGCAUGUACGCCGAGCGCAUCUUCUUCCCCGGCCACCGGGAGUCGCCGCUGCGCCGGGACCUGGACGUGCAGGAGUGCCGGAGGCAGACGGUGGAGCAGGGCCUGGUGCAGCUGUCCAACCUGCUCAACAGCAAGCUCUUCCUCACCAAGUUCAUCCACACCCUGGAGAGCCAGCGGACCUUCUCCCCCAGGGACCGGGCGUACGUGGCCUCUCUGCUCACCGUGGCCCUGCACGGCAAGCUGGAGUACUUCACCGACAUCCUCAAGACCCUGCUCAACGACCUGGUGGAGCAGUACGUCGCCAAGAACCCCAAACUCAUGCUCCGCAGAACUGAGACGGUGGUGGAGAAACUCCUGACCAACUGGAUGUCCAUCUGCCUGUACGCCUUCCUCCGGGACUCUGCGGGGGAGUCCCUGUACAUGCUGUUUCGCGCCAUAAAGCACCAGGUGGACAAAGGCCCCGUGGACGCGGUGACGGGGAAGGCCAAGUACACGCUGAACGACAACCGCCUGCUCCGAGAGGACGUGGAGUACCGCACGCUGACGCUGAAUGUGCUGUUCCAGGGCGGGGGGGGGAACGAGGCCCAGCCUGUCCCGGCCAAGGUGCUGGACUGCGACACCAUCACGCAGGUGAAGGAGAAGAUCCUGGACCAGAUGUACAAGGGCACGUCCUUCUCUCACCGCCCACACACGGACUCCCUCGACUUGGAGUGGCGGUCGGGCGUGGCAGGUCACCUGAUCCUGUCAGAUGAGGACUUGACGUCUGUGGUGCAGGGCACGUGGAAGCGACUCAACACUAUGCAGCACUACAAGGUUCCUGAUGGGGCGACGGUGGCACUGGUGCCACGGCACAGUAAACACAUCCACCAUGACACCCACGAUUAUGUGGCAGGAGAGAAGACGCCCAUGCUGGAGGACGCAGACGAGGGCGGGGUGAGGCUGUGGCACCUGGUGAAGGCCAGCGAGGAGCCAGAGCUGCCCAAACACCGGCGGGGCAGUCUGAGAGAACGGGAGAGAGCCAAGGCCAUCCCCGAAAUCUACCUCACGCGCCUGCUCUCCAUGAAGGGUACGCUGCAGAAGUUUGUAGACGACCUGUUCCAGGUGAUCCUCAGCACUAGCCGGCCGGUCCCUCUCGCCGUGAAAUACUUCUUCGAUCUCCUGGAUGACCAGGCAGCGCACCACGGAAUCUCAGACAGUGAGACCAUCCACAUCUGGAAAACCAACAGUCUGCCCCUGAGGUUCUGGAUCAACAUCGUGAAGAACCCGCAGUUCAUCUUCGACGUCCAGGCUUCGGACAACGUGGACGCCGUCCUGUCUGUCAUCGCCCAGACCUUCAUGGACUCCUGCACCAUCGCCGAACACAAGCUGGGGAGGGACUCCCCCAUCAACAAGCUGCUCUACGCCCGAGACAUUCCUCGCUACAAGCAGAUGGUGGAAAGGUACUAUGCUGAUAUCAGACAGACCAUUUCUGCCAGUGACCAGGAGAUGAACUCAGCCCUUGCAGAGCUGUCCAGGAAUUACUCAGGAGAACUGAAUUACCUUGUGGCCCUGCAUGAGUUGUACAAAUACAUCAACAAAUACUAUGACCAGAUCAUCACUGCCCUGGAGGAGGACUGCACCGCUCAGAAGAUGCAGCUGGGGUACCGGCUCCAGCAGGUCGCCGCUGCCGUGGAGAACAAAGUCACCGACCUAUGACAGCGCGAAACCGGAGCGGGGCGGGGCCGGAGGGACGGAGGGAGGGAGGGAGAAGCGGGAAGGAAAGUCAGGGCGUCCACUCCUCAAACCGCAGGAGGGGAAAGGUGCGUUCUGGGGGCACAGGGGCCCGGGGCCUCUUCACAGCUCAUCAGACCACAGGAGGGGGGCGAGGUGCGUUCUGGGGGCACAGGGGCCCGGGGCCUCUCUACAGCUCGUCAGACCACAGGAGAGGUGCAUUCUGGGGGCACAGGGGCCCAGGGCCUCUCCACAGCCUGCCUUUUCACCAGUGGGAUAUUUCUACCAUCCAGUUUUUCUUUACUGUCUCUCCGCUUGUAUGUCUGUGUUAGAUCAAUUAGAUGUGUAUCCGCAUACAUUAUUGAGCUGUACUAAGAAAACUGCAGGAGACUCUGGCAAUGCCGCUUCAUUCUCAUCAGUGCGCAAGCUCAAACUGAGGCGUGUUGCGCAGGCUGUGGAUGUCUGCGCUGAGGCGGGUGGAGACUGAACAGGAUAAACGGGGAACUCAUCACCUGCUUACCAGACGCCCACUGCAUGAAUUCACCCCCAUGAAGCAGGUUUUCCAUGCAACAGAUUGGGAAAGUCGCGAAGAUGAAACUAGUAGACUGAUGCGAUCCAUGGAAAUUCUUCGGUCGGGAAAAGCUCAAUUUGCGAGGGGGUUUUCCCCCCUUGCAAAAUUAUAUUUCUUCUGGGAGAAUUCUAAACCCUCAAUCCGUUCAUUUCUGGUUUACAAACUGACCCACUAUAGUCACGUUGUGUUAUUUUAAUUGAUAUAGUUGAGGACUGUAUAUGUAGGGCAUUAUCUGUAAAUAUCUCCCAUCUCCUAUCAGUGUCCUCACUAACUUGCAACCGCUUUAUGGUUUUGAUAGGUCUACGAUAAUGGUCCACUGCAGGUGCUUCAAAUGUGUUAACUUCAUCUUUCCUGUGUCACUUCACACACUUUUUUCACCCAAAGUAAUGAAGUCUUUUCUCUUACUGCUGCCAUCCACUGUUAAAGCCUUGCUCCUGUGAGCCCAGAUAAGCUCGUCACAUCUGCAAAAAAAAUUGGCUCAGAAGGAAAAUCCCCUUUCCACAAAAUAAGGCUUAAGGGUUUGCAGUCGCAUGGUUUCUUUAUCAGGCCAUGCCUGAAUUCAAAGAUGUGUGAGCACUGCUCCAAUAAACUCAACCGCUAAACGGCGAGGCCUCUACCCAUUCCCGCCAUACAGUCUGUAACAAGCACCCGGCUAUCCGUCUAGACCGGAAUUUAAAACCCAACGCGUGUAACGGAAGAGCAGAGAUGAAUGGGACUGCGGGCUGGAUUUGAGAUCCAGACCGAACAUACGGUACACUCGCCCAGUGAGAUGCAGACCGCACACACGGUACAGUCGAAGAGAGAGAUGCAAACCGAAUAUACGGUAUACUCGACCAGAGAGAUGCAGACCGAACAUACGGUACAAUUGACCAGAGAGAUGCAGACAGCACACAUGGUACAGUCGAACAGAGAUGCAGACCGAACAUACGGUACAAUUGACCAGAGAGAUGCAGACAGCACACAUGGUACAGUCGAACAGAGAGCUGCAAACCGAACAUGCGGUACAAUUGACCAGAGAGAUGCAGACCGCACAUACCGUACGCUCGGCCGGAGAUCCAGGCUCAGCCAGAGGUGGAGAGUACCGUGUAUGUGUCCGGAACACCAAGCGAUUUGAAUCAUGCAUGACGAAAUGGUUCUCCAAGUGUGGCAUGCUAUUCUGUGUGAGGGGAAUUGUCAAUAGACUAGUGAAUCCUCACUUUGGGUGAAAGAAGCUUUGGUGUCAGUACGGGCAGGCAUUGAGUCUGAGAAAGAUCUAAAGCACUGUUCUUGGAAAUUGAAUUUAUGUCGUACGGUAUAUAGUUUACUAGAGGGUACUAAAAAAAACUAUUUUUAACCCUGUGCACAACUAUGAUGAUAUACUUUCAGUUCCCUUCUUUUCAGUUAUUUCUGUGCCGUUUAUGUGGUUGGACUUUUUUUAAAUAAGAAUCGAUAUUUUUUUUUAAAGAUUGUGUUAUGAAAGGCUAUCAGGAUUUACCUGCAUUUCCACAUUCCUUUUAUUGGGUCCAAGUCCAGGAAACGCAAUCUUUGGAUAUUGUUUUAAUGUAAUUUUUUUUUUUUAUAUGUGACAUAGGAAGGUUUUCCCCUGUAUAUACUAUAUCUGCUGUAAGAGUAGUCGUGUGAGCAAAGAUUAUGGAUGAAAUUACCAAGACCUUGUUUCCUCGAGUGUAGUGCACAAAGCUGAAGCUUGUACUGACAGUAUGUUGCAUCAUUUCGUUCUGCGCUGUGCAGCAACUGUGCUACACUUCCUCUUGUGAUCACCAGGUGGCACAAGAAAACAAAUGCAAUGAUUAGGUAUUCACAGAAAUAAGUGUAAUUGGAACCUUUGUAAAAACCAAUGCUUUCAAGCUCACUAUUUAUUACGUUUGUGCUUUUAAAGAACACUGAUUUAAUCGUGUAAAAUUUCAUAAAAGUGUAAAAAGAAAUGGACACUGGUGUUUCAGAUGCACGAUUUUUUGAAAACUGCAAGAAUGUGGAAAAAUCUUAAAUGCAGUUGUGAAUAAGGGAUCUUACUGCACAAAAUACAAAAGGUUCACCAUUAAGGUUAGUGCUGGACUGAGUCAUUAUUCAUUCGACCCUUCUAUCUCACAGCAACAUGUCAGUGCUCUGGUAAUGCUGUAUACCAAGAGAAGAUUUGCAUAUGACUGGGAAGGUACAACUGAUCUGGUAUUCUUGAAAGAAGAGAAUAUGCAAAUAAAGAUGGAUUUUAUAUGGAUCUCCUCCCCUCCUCAGCAUAAAGUACAUGUAAUUUGUGUGAUGUCAUUCCUUUCACUUUUUCAGUUUGUGUCUGAGGGGCUGCUAAUGGCUCUUCUGUGUGUAGUGACCUAAAAAACAAAAACAACAAACAAAAAAAUGCUUGUGCACAUUGAGUGUCAAAGGUACGCUGUUACAGACACCUUACAAAUCUACUUACCUUCACAAUUACUAAUGUACUUUGGGAAGAAAUAAGUCUUAGUUUACCAUUUACUGACUGUUCAAGUUGAGCAGAGAAAUCUGAAGGGUUUUUACUCUGGUAUGUGCUGGCUCUUGUAAUGUGAUGAAUGAGUGCUGUGUCGAAUAGAAAUGAAAAUAUAAGCAUAAAGACGUUAACAUGCCACACUCCUACAUGCUCGACUAAUGUCUUUUUCAAUGCACAAUUUUUACUGUUGUAUGUUUUUCCACAUAGUAGUAUAUAUCUAUGAAAGGAAUAAUGAUAAUAGAGAAUGAAGGUAAUUUGAGGGAAUAAGAGUAACUUUAUUAUUGAUAGGCUGUACAAAUUCAAUCGUGUAGAGCAGGCUCUGCAGGGAGCACUGAGACACAAGUUUUGUUUUCGUUUUGUUUUUUUAAAUAUUUUUUUCCUCUGUUAAUAUCACUGUAAAUAAUGAUUUAAUAAGGCCAACUUGUAGCUACUUAACCUGUUUAUUAAGAGAAAGUGGAAACUUCCUACAGACGGUGAUGUAAUAAAAUGUUCUGAAAAUGAAA